CCAUGGCACUGCCGCCAUAAAGGAUCGAUCCCCAAUGGUAACUUUUGUGAAAUGCUUUGGGGUGCUCAGAAGAAUUCCCUUCUUAUUACGCUGUAAAUCAUAACGGGGUGGCGGUAAAACAGUACUUUAAAGGUGAUCAAAAGGAUUAAAAUCUCGAUACGUAGGCGGAUAGGCAACCAGUGAAGUUGUUGAAGGAGCGGCGUAAUAUGAGUGUUUAGGUGCGCAGAAAGAUCAAUCGCGCACUGGCAUUCAUGACACGUUGGAGUUUUGCAUGUGAUGGUCUGGAACUCCAUAGAGGAGACUGUUGCAAUAGACUAAGCUACUGGUUAUAAAUGCAUGAAUCAGUUUCUCUGUACAUUCACUAGUAAGGUAUUUCCGUAUGUGUCGAAUACUAUACAGAUAAAAGAAUUCACUGCCACAAAACCUGAGAUCAGGCCCAAUUUUAGCGGUUCUCAUACAUUCUCUCUAACGGCUACCGCUAAAAUUGGGCCUGAUACAAACUCUGUCACGUUUGUGCUCGUUACAGCCAGAUUUUGGCCGUAACGCUGAUUGGCUGUCGGAAACGCCGGAAGUUGAAAGCGCUUAUUCCUCACGUGGUUUUUUUCGUGAAUGAUCGGCCAUCGGCGGACAGAAGGGUCGAUUUUGCUGUCUUUUUUAUUGUUUUAUGGUCCUAUGGUAGGAAAAUAUGCCUUAAUAUGUGCCAUGGAAAUUCAGAAAAUUCAUAUGGUUGUUCAUAUCUUCUCAGGAUUUGCUUUAUUUACGGAACUAAUGUGAGUGUAUCGCGGAGUUGAAUCCCUCUGCAAGUUGUUGACCGCUCACAAACGAUUUGUUGAUUUACCAACAAACGAGUGCAAAUCAAAAUACUGUCCAUCUUAAAACUGGUUUCAUUUGAAAGUUCAGCUGGGAAUGACUUCUCUGAACGGGGUACGCUAGCGGAGGCUCACUGCGAAAGAAACCUCAAUCGCCAACUGUAAGGUAUUAGACGAAAAAUAUCGCAUCGCUGUUCAAGGAAUUUUUUGUAGGCAUUGUUAUAAAAGCUGGUGGCUUAAGGUAACAGACUGGUUGUUUGCCUUCGCCUUUUGUAAAAAAUAAACCAGGAAAACGAGUGUCCUCGCUCGUUGGCUGUUUGCUUUUGUUUUUAAAGAUUUAUGGCAACAGAAAAAUAGAAAUUUCAGUAUUUUAAAUUCGAGCGCGCCUAGCUAAAAUAAUAAAACUAGUAGAACAUCGUGUCGCCGUCUUUUCGAAAACUUUUUACCUUCUACGCCAACAGAAACAACCUUCGAGAUCUCCCUUAACCUCGCAAGAAGUUAAAUGUGAUUGUGCUGACUGUUUUAUUUUUAGCCGAAAAAAUUAACAGAUAAAAGCUUUUUUUGAAGUGAGCCAGUAUGCAUUUUUCCCACCACGCGUGAAAAAUUUGCAUACUAGAAAAAUAAGCAACGGAAGUAGUUUUGGUUGGCUGAUUAGACAAAUGUCAAUCAAUCAAAAAAGUGGGCGGCAGACGUUUCGUAGAAGGUUUGUAUCAGGCUCUCUUUUCGUUUCCCCUUGCCCGCCGGAAUGUAAUUUUCAAAGCGAAACGAAAAUAGAGCCUGAUCUCAGGUUACUGCCACGUCUUUGUUAUAUGUGUUGCCAUAUCUAUGUGCGUCUCGAACCAGGAGCCCAGAUUUUUUGCCGAGUAUACGGGAAUUACAUCAACGUCGCCAACCCUAAUACUGCUAACAGACACUUUAGAUAGCUGCUUGUUCGUGCCGAUCACCAGAGACUUAGUCGUAUCAUCGUUCAACAUCAACUUAUCAUUAAUCAUCCAUGAACGAACAUCAGCGAUGCAUUUCUCCAUAGCAUCUAGCGCCUCAGCUUCACACGUACUCUCUAAUGGGCGAAACGACAAGUAUCAUUGAGUAUCAUCUGCGCACGAGUGUGCAGACAGCAGGUGAGAUUUAAUGACACUGAAAAGUUUGCUAGCAUAAAUAGUAAAAAGCAGUGGACCAAGGUAUGGACCCCACAUUCCAAGCCAAACCUUUUUGGAAAUAGCACCAUUAAUUGUAACUUGUUGCAAUCGACCUCUCAGAUAGGAUCGAAACCAUUGAAGAGCUGGCCCAUGUAGGCCGAGCAGUGACUGAAGUCUAUGAAUGAGAAUGUGAUGGUUCACAGUAUCAAAGGCGGCGCUGAGGUCCAAAAGAACUAGGAGUGUCACAUGAUCCAUAUCCAUAAUCAUAAGAAUAUCAUUCUUGACUUUCAGUAACGCCGGUAUUAGGUAAUUUAUUCAACUUUGAAAGAUUUGCCACGACAUACUGGAGCUGGUGGCUUUAUUUCUCCUGAAAACGGAAACCUGCGACACUAAAAACUGUUAAGAAUCUUUCGUAGAUAAUAUAAUUUGCCUUGUUAAGAUAGGUUUCGAAAAGAGAGGGACAAAUACAAAGUAAGUUUGAUAAAUAGAAGUUAUUUAAUCUUGCCCCACAUUCAGCAGAAAGUUGUUGUUCUUGUUUUACGAACUGUAUGCGCUAUAGGUUUCUGAUUACUCAAUUUCGUGCAACUGAAGCUUUGGCUACCCUUGCAGAUAGGAGAUAGUCCGUCGGCAGUUGUCCUCUAUUUGUGCGUCAACUUUCACAAAUGUGUUUUCGUUACAUUUUAAGGUUUACUUUGACCAGCCAUUUGCGCAGCGAGUUCUACGGUCACGAUUGACUUCAAACUUGCAGAUAUAAAACUAGAGAGCUCUGAGGCUUAUUUGCCGAAGUGAGAGAAAAAUCUGUCUUAGGGUUUUGAAAUUAUUGACCUUUUUUGUAAAAAUGCGGUUUUAAACAUCUGCCGAUAUCUCAAACGUUUUUACACCUGUAAGAAAAUAAAUAGCAUUUUCUUAAAGUUCGACCAUUCUUUACUAAGGAUGCCAAAUAUCAUGGGAAUUGGUUAAAUCAUUCCUGCUGAAAAACGCGAAUCAAAAACAUAACCAACACGCUUUUAAAUAGGUUCGGGCCACCUUAAAAUAGAGCGACAUACUUACAGUUCUAGGUUCCUACACGUUCCGCCAUCUUGGAUUCCAAGCUUACCUUCAAGUAAGACGUAUUGAAAUAUUCUUUCAUUAUUAAUAGGGGAGGUUUUAAAAUACAGAAUUUCCUGACAUGCAUGAGGGAUUUUCUUAAACAGCAUGUGAUCAUGCUGGCUAGGACGUAUUGCCCUGUUUUACGGCAAGCCAGGCUUAUUUUUAGGCUCCAUGGCCUGAAAUGACGCAAAAUUAAUGCCCUAAAAGUUAGAAGUCCAAAAAAAGUCCUCGAAAUUUUAGUUUCCAAGCCGUUUGUAGCCUAACCGGGGUUUACCGACCUUAUUAAGAUGAUGAUGAAUCAUUCUCAGCUUCGUUCAAUAAUUGUUAUAUAGUAAAUUCUCAAUAUAUUGUUUAGGAGUGUAGUUUGCACGGCAUGCUUAAUCCAAUCCAAUCCAAUUCUAUGUAUUCACUGCUCUUGUUCCCCACCAUCAAUUAAUCCACCAAAACAAUUUGUUGCUUUUUGUUUGUAGUCAGAUGCCAGUUUCCUGAGUAUAGAAAUUCACCUGAGUGUUGUAAGUUUGCUUAUUCUUUUAUCUUUGUCAUGAAAAUUCGCCAGUAUUUGCUAACUUCCAUGGUGAUUAUAAAAAUGUCAGUGCAUAGGGGUGUAUGUAUGACUAGGGAGAACUGCAUGUUGUUUUGUAGCCUGCGUAGCAGGCACCGGUUUUUUUAGGGAGAAAGGAGAAAAAUCGCGCGUUCCCCUCACGCGGCCUGUGAAAAUAAAAAACGAUUACGGCGUCUAUGCAGGCUAGUUGUUUUGUGUUUUUUGGUUUGACCGUAGUAAUUGUUUGUUUAAUUUUUAUACUUUAGCUAUUUUAUUAUGCUUGCUUUUGGAAUGGUCUGAUAUUCCCCCAUAAUAAUGUUUAAUUAUGCUGUAGGCUCAUCCAAAACUUGUUCCCCCUUGUCUUAUCCGGUUAACGUAACCUCUAUUUAGUGGUCACCCUUGGGAAAUAGCCAGGCGAACAGCUUAGAAGAAGUUUUCUUCAGUUUAGCAUGUGAUACGGGGACAUCGAACUAGUAUGCCAAAAAAAUUAUGAAUAAGAUGUCAAACACGAUUCUAUUACUAGCUAUGUUAGCAGCAACCUAAAGUACCUUAGAAAUGAUUAAACUUCCGCUAUAAACUGUUGAGGUUUGUUCGAACAACUUGAUUGAUUCAGUAGCUAUGAACUUUUUAUAAACAUUACCAUGAACUGCGGAAAAGUCCUAGUCUUGAGGUUUGUUGUGGUUGCCCACUGGGUGUGACCACAGGAAUAUCUGCCCAAAAUAGUACUCAUUCCGUAUCAAGAAAAGCGGGUCCAAUUCGAAAACAAUAGGUAUUGUUUUCUGUUGUAAAAUUGGCCAUAUUUUGUCAUUUUUGAAAGGACUUAAACAAUGGCGUCUUCACACAUGCAAUCUUCCGAUGACUACCGCGGUGGCAAAUUUGAAACUUCGGCGAGUGUCAAGGAGUGAACAAUAUUCCUCGGGGGGAGGGUGUGGGUUACAUUUGCCUCAAAGCGAAACUCACUUAGAGGGAGAGGGACAAAAAUACUGUCGUCACCCUAUCGGUUCGGUUACACAGUUGCAAAGGUUGUUCAAGGCCCUUUGCGAAUAUUGUUCAGACUGCAUUCAAAGAUAUUUUUUACAAGCUUUUAAAUUCAGCUUUCAAAUCUCGCGCUUCAUUGAUUCAUUUGAAUAUAUAACUAAUGGACGCACUCAGUGGGUUAUUAAGUUCAAAGUGGUAAAUUUACCAUUCAAAAACUCGCGCUUCGUCGAUUCAUUUGAAUAAAUUGACUUUACGUAUGCUUUUUUAGCUAUUUGAAGAAGGUGGACAUUUCAUGGACAGUUCGUUUGCCGUCUUGUCAAAACAACGCACUUUUAACCAACUAGGUGAUCAUUAAAUAGAGUUGAAAAACAAUAAAGUUAGCCAAUUAGAAAGUCUACCGGGUGACCGCAUUAAUAGAUUGUCUGCUAGGUAGUGGUCAAAAUGACACUAAAUAUGUGAAGUAAGCUUCGGGAAUUUGAUAAUUGACUUCGAAAAAUAGAUAUUGACUAUUAAGCCUACUUCACUGAACAGAGGGUCGCUUAAUAGUGCUUUGACUGUAUAGUUUUAUGCUAGUAAUAUUUUAAUUUUGUACAGGUUCAUUAGUUAACAUCACAGCUGAGUACUUUGACAAGGAAAUUUAUCUAACCUGGAGGAUGUCUUUGGAAAAACACUGCAGGGAGAUCAAUAUGUUUAACAUUAAAUGGCUUAAUAUUCAAAAACCAGGAGAUUGUCAUGGACAAACGUUAAUCGAGGUAAAUAAGAUAGCUAAGCUGAUUCUGGUGAUACUAUUUUGUUUCCUUUUUCGCGAAAAUGUAAGAGAUCGUUUUCUAGACCUUAAUUUCACGAUUUGAGGGAAAAUUGAUUCAAAAGGGCUGAAUUCUAUGUAUAGCCAUAAUUUACAUUUAUCUGAAUGAUAUGGAUAUUAAAUUAAAACAGCAGAAACGUGACUUCCUACUUUAUAGGCUGGUAAAAUACGCUAUGUACUAUUUUUUUCGUGUACACCCAAUGAAAUUGUGGCUGUUACUGUCGACUAAUAUUUCUAACAGACUGUAAGAACAUUGAAGUUUGGCUAGGCAGUGAUUUUGCUACAAAUAGUUAUGGUGAGUCUCGGGACUCAUCUGGUGAAAAGUCACGAGUCCCAGUGCAGAGCCAAUGAAUCCCAGUUCAAAAAACGAGUCCUAAAUUGAACAUGCUUGGGCCUUUAUGUAACCAGACAGUUAAUGUGAAGACAGACUCCAAAACUCUUUAGUACAGUUUACUGAAAUUAAAAUAUAGUCCUUCUGUUUGAAGCACAAAAAAGACUUAAAUAAGUAUGCGUCGUUAAACAACAGCUACAACAACAGCCACAGAAAUCACAUGAACAGGAUAUUCUACAAAAAUAUCAGAUCGAUCGAUCGAUCGAUCAAUCAAUCUUUGCGUUCUACAGGACGCAUGCCAUGAAUUAUUUUGCGUCUUGGGGAUUUUUAUGCGUUAGGGACGCGGACGCAGAUGUAACAAAAUCACUGCUAGGUAGGAACGGAGCAAAGCUACAGAAAGUAUUUUGUAGAUCGUUAUAAAAUCUAUUUGCUGGAUUUUUUAGGUGAAUUGAUUGUUUUAUUGUUUUAUUGUUUUGUUUGCCAAAAAAUCGUACAAAUCAAAUAAAAUGUAAUUACUUAAACUCUCAUGGCGAGGAAGCCCAAGAGAUACCACCGGGCUUAUAAGGAAUGGGCUCCCUCAGUUAGAUAAUUAGAACAAAAUAUUAUCGUAAUUCACAUGGGAAAAUUAAUGGCAGAGCUACAGUAAAUCUUAGAAUAAGUAUAUUAGAUAUCGACCACAAGUUGAAACAACUCUGUUUGGGGUCACGUUUUAGCCAUACAAGGUGUUCUUUGGCUAGCUGGGGUAAAGUGUUGACAGUCCUCAUUUCAUUCCAGUUUGAGUUGACGUUUAAGGAAAAAUGUUUGUUGGACAGGCAGUCCCAUAUUCACACGUUACGCACUAUAGACAGACUCCAAAAAUGUGUUUAUUGUAUUUUGAUAAUUGCAGGGUGAAUACAACUGUACCAUUUCUUUGAGCAAAGAAUGUUCCAGAUUUAACUACUCCAUAAGGGUAAGAGUACCACAACAUAAACUUUCUUGUAUGGCACUCUUUCUUUGUUAGGGUUACUUCUUCAUGACAAGUAAUAAUUAUAAGUUAAGUUUAGGUCCUGGUCCAUUGAAGAAGGUGAUUUUAUUUUGUUUUAUAUAUUAGCCUGAAUUUAAGCCAUCUCCCCCAGUCGCAAAAUUCCUGAAAGAGACGUCUGAAUCAACGAGCCGCUAAUGCCGUCCAGUCACGUCACUAUCUGAAAACUCGGUAGUGACUGAUUGGCUGAUUGUCAAAACAUUCACUUAAUUGUGUGUUAAUAUGCGGGACUAUUUAUCACAUCGCAUGCUUGCGUGGAUCGAAGUCAUUGUGGAGUUUAAAAUUUCGACAAUCUUUAUCGUAAACAGCAAAAUAAACUUUUCCAGUUCUUGUUUUCGAAACUGUGACUUGUUUAUGUGAACUACGAAUGAAGCGUCUAUGUGGUUUCGAUAGUGAUAUCGGAUCGAUGCUUGUGAGAUCAUAAGCGACUAGCUUGUGUCACGCUAGCAAAUUUUUCGAGCGUUAAAUCUGUCAUUUCCACUAUCAAGUGUAAUGAUUCUGUUAGUUUUUGUUACAUCCUUAUUUCAGGAAAAAACCUGUUUGGGUCACCCUGUGCUUAUAAAUCUAGAAGGAAAAGAAAUCACAAGAAACAGUUGUUUAGGGACCUCCUCCAGCAUGCUAAACAAUUAAUUCCAAUACUAAGAAACACUGUAGAUAUUUACUGUAGAUACACAGCAAGAAAUCAAAUGUGGUAAAAUACCCUCCCCAAAAAAACCAAAAUUGGUUUCAAGAAAACAAAAACGAAUCGACGUAUCGCUGAAUCCUCUUAACGUUUUUUUUUUUCAAACUGAAGCUAACAUUAAGUGACACCAAGUGCUAUGACUCUUAUGCAAUUAACCAUUGUUAUUGUUCCACAUAACACAAAGAAAUCAAAAACAGCUGAACUGCUGAAUCUUCAAGAUGAUAAAAAAAGACAAGUAUAUAAAUCAAGGAGCAGUUGAACAUUCAGAUGAGUUCAACGAACAAGCUUCGUCCGAAGGGUGGUUAUAACACAAAGAACAAAUGUACUCAGCACCACCUUACCUUUAAAAUUCCUUGACGGCCUCAAAGUGUAACAUCGUAGUGAUCCAUUCGUGACAUUGCUGGGAUUAAAACCUUUUGGAGGAAAGGAAUAAAGGAAUAAACUCCUACUGAAUUUUCGCUUAUCAGCGCGACAGCUUUCCAGCUCUUCUCUUGCUACUUUGACUUUGCAUCCUACCCAACCUGACUUGCACAUGAUUCGAAGUUGCAGCCAAUAAAAUCGCACAAUUUUUCUGGCCAAGGGAACGGCCUACGGGAAAGUUAAAAAACAAGACGCCGUGGGAGUGUAUAUUUGGGCGUCAAUUUACAACGCGUGUGGGAAGUGUUUUAUGGGUUUCAGGGCUGUGUGAGUAGUGCGGUAGCGUUGUAUAUUUAGGGGUUGGUUGAGACGUGUGAAGUGGAAGGCGUGGAGUUAUAUUGGACGUGGAUUGGUAAGAUAACGCCUGUAGUUUGUUAAUCAGUCUGGUUUCUCGUAAAAUUUAACAUGAAGAAAUAAGAAUUAAUUUUUGGGAAGGUAAAAGCUAUUUUAGGUGUUGCAGUUGGGUAGUUGUGGGAGUGCUAAUUUGGCUAUGAAGGGAUGGUGUAAUUACAGUCUGUUGAAAUGAAGUGGUGGUUGUGAAAGAUCUUAUUAAUAGUCGAAAACAUACUUGAACUUAUUUUAAACGUUGUUUGGCUUUCUGUUUUGGACAAUAUUUGUAUGGAGAGAAUGUGGAUAAUGGGAAAGUUCAUUUAAUACAGAGAAGGAGGUAUGAAGAUGUUGAGAGGGGGGAGGGGGGCUGAAAUUUUGUGUGUGUGUUCGGGGGCUUCCAAAAAUCGGUGAGGUCAUUGGGGAGCGCGUAAAAUCUGGCUAUGGAAUUAAGGGCCGGAUUGCAUAAGCCGGGCUGGCUCGCUUUGCAGAGAUCUCGGCGCCUUAGUUAAACACAACAGAAAUCAACUUUGAAAAACAAAUUGUUUACUUUGAUCUUAUUCAGUCACAAUAUGUUGGCGAUGCACUGGUCAUUUUGCUUCGAAUUGUUACUGUAGAGAAGGAGAGGUCGGUCAGCGAGUCAGCUCGGCUUUCUUGUAAGAGUGGCUAUGCAUUUAAACUUCAAUUCAAGCCACCACCGCAGCAACGACCAUCACAGAAACGCAAACGACAAAGAAAUGUUAUAUGGUUUAAUCCACCAUACAACAAAAACAUCAAAACCAACAUCGGACGUGCGUUCAUCAGCCUUAUUGAAAGAUCUUUUCCAGCGGUCUACAAACUGAGGAAAAUUUUCAACAGGAACACCGUAAAGCUCAGCUACAGCUGCAUGCCCAACGUCAAAGAAAUAAUAGAUGGCCACAACAAAGCCAUCUUGAAGAUAGCAGAAACAGCUCAACCACAGAAAGACGGAGGGAAAACGUGUAGCUGUAGGAAGAAAGAAGACUGCCCACUAAACGGGGAAUGCCUGAUGAGUGAAGUCGUGUACUAAGCCACGGUCACAAUCAGAGACAAAAAAGAGACAUACAUCAGUCUCACAUACAGCUGCUCAGUUCAAGGCAAGAUACAAAAACCACCUGAUGUCAUUUAGACAUGAAAAGAGAAGGAAUGAGACUGAGCUGAGUAAGCAACUGUGGCAGCUAAAGGAGGCAAAUAAAGAAUUCGGUAUCACUUGGAAAAUACUCGCCAAAGCAAAACCUUACACCAACCUUACAAAACAUUGUAAUCUAUGUACUACAGAGAAGUUCUUUUUAAUCUGUAGGCCUUACAUGGCAACACUGAACAAGCUCAACGAACUUGUCUCAACAUGUAGACGUCAGUGCAAGUUCAUCCUAAGGUAUAAUUAAACAUGUCAAAGGCAGAGAUUUUAGCGCUAUCAUUUAGGCUGACUUAGGUUUCGUAUAAGAGUUGUAGGCGAUUAAGAGCACGCGCGCGCUUUUCAUUCUAAAAUUUUUAAAAGUUUAAAUUUCAAACGUUAUAUGUAAAUUCAUGUCUGUUGUCUGUACUUUAAACUGGAAUGGCAGUCCAGCAAGUGCAAAGCUGAACAAGGGCCAAAGUUCUUUUGCACUUGCACUUGUGUUAGUGUCCAAGUGAGAGUAAUGCAGUAAUGAUCAUCCAUGCACAUCCAUGUCUUAUAUUUUAUAUUGAUUUCAGUUCAGGUCAAGUAAUACGGGCAACAUUUUCGCUCGACUUGUCGCGCAACACUGUUACAUUGCAAGUUGAAAAGGGUUGUUGCACGUAUUACAUCUUCGCUCUCAACUUGUCACGCAACAAAUUUCGAUGUUGCAAGUUGUGGCUCAUUUAGAAAAUCCUGCGUUGUGAUUGGUCAAUGGUGUGUUUUGUGUCAGCAAACAAAGUGUGGAUUGCUUUGCGGGAAGAGAGGGGGCUUUACCAUUAGCUUGUAAAGGAACUUGAGUCGGGAAACAUUUUUGCUUAAAUUUUUGACAUAAGUGAUUUCUCAUCCAAAGAUCUUGUCCUCCGCUGCUUGUUUUUAUUAUCUGCUCAACAAGGGUUCUUGUAAAAUGAAUUUGAGAGCUUACAGAGCAUGAUUGUUAAAACUCAAUCCUAUCUUCCCCCACCCCCUUCCCUUGGACGCGAUAUCAAACAUACAGGAAUGAAAGAGAGUUCCAAAACAAUUCUUGGUUGGGAUAUACUUUUGCAUGUUUAAGAAAAAUCUGAAAACAAGGUUGAAAAGGACAGGAAGAAUUUGGCUAUCUUUCACAAAGUUUUAGCAAAUGAUAUUUGACAUUCCACCGCCUCUUUCCGAUUACCUGCUGAGCAAGAAUGUGAUCAUCUAUAUUUUGACAUUCAUUUUUAGCUAAGUGGAAAGACAAACGAUACUGAGGGCAAACUAUCAAAGGUGACAGUGAUAAUUCCACCGAUGAAGCAAACACCAUCACACAACACCACCUGGACGUUUAAAGGAGGUACCGUGUUCUUUAAACUUUUUUACAGUUGUUGACCUUUAAAGUGGGCUAAGGUAUACAGUUAUCAGUCUUAAUAAAUGAGUAAAUAGAUAAUGAAUAAUGAAUUUGUGGUAGCACAUUUACUGCGUGACGUACAGUGAGAGUACCCGAAGGAAAACUGUUUGGAACAAGGACGAGAAGGAAUGACAAAUUCAACUAGCUUUUGGCAUCACUCUUGAGGGACAAAAACAACCCAGGCCGCACUAGACCGCUCUUACCCCUAUACCCCGCGUUUCCUGCCUAAAGAACUAUGUGUAAAUUAGCUGCCUCUACAUUUAAUUAUCACAGGGUUUGAUAUAAAAUUCUCUCUAAGGUACCAUUUGUUUUCUUUGAGGACAGACCUAGGACAUCCUCGGAGACCCAAUUGAGUUACCUGAAUAGGUCUUUAGUCGAGUUUGCGGAUCCUUCGUAUAAGAAGAUCAUGAUAGCAGCGUCAUACAUGCUGGCCUCCGUUUGCCCAAUCAGAGACAAGUAUUCAAUUGAGUUGUGAAACUGGUUCGGUAAGAGCAGCAUCCCAGGAGCUCUCUCACCCGUUCUUGAAAACUUUCGCCGCCGUUUAUCCCGACCGCUGGGUCUCCGAGCGUGGACCUAGGACAGCAAAUAAUUUAUUUAAAUGUGCGGUUCGCCUUCAGGGGUGGUGCAGUGCAUUCACCGAGAAAUGUGCGGUAGACUUUUCAUAUAGAUUACAAAUUAGAUUACACGAUUAGUGUGUCCGAACUGUUUCUAAAAAGCCUUUAAAACUGUUUUACAUAAUUUUGUUUUUUCUGGACGCAUCUCGAAGCAAGACUUUCGCCUUAAGCUUUCUUUUUACGACUGAGACGGCAACUGAGUAGUCUUUAGAACUUGUUCUUUUCAUGUGCAAAAGCCUUUCAAGCAUUUCGGUCUGAGAACGCUAAUGUAACGCUUCUUGGUGCAAAGAUUUUUCCGUCCCGCAUGCCUGUCCUUCAGUUCAGGAUCGCUAAGCUUAUAGCCUUCGUUAAAGGCACCACCUGAUUUAAGUCUGUGCAAACAAAAAUCGUCUAGUUUUUGUUCUUAAAGGUGAUGUUACACGGGACGAUUCGCUACGACAAUUUUUAGCGCAACGCAACGUUGCAAUAUUGUUUCCAAAAGCUGCUAUCGAGACUCGUUAAACUGACAUAAUUCAGAAACGAAGAACAGGUUUUUACGGUGACAAAAACUUGAAUUUAGUAGUUCUUUUCUGCGGAAUAAUUCUUCAUGUGGUACGGCUCCAAAUUUUCUCAGUCUUCGUUUAAUCACACAUUUAGACAUUCAUAUAAAACAUACCUGAGAAUUGGCUUUGGUUCUUGAAGGCAACCUCCAAACGAAAGUAUCGAAGUGUGGGAAAAGUAGUGAAACGUCAGGAGUACCCAACGAACGUAUGUUGAUAUGUUAAUAUUUAACUUUCCUGGGAAAAAAAUACCCGCUCUUCACUGCUAGCCAGCAAGACUUUCAGAAAAUAAAAAUCCCAGCCAGCAAUCAUGUUUGGCGGUUUUUUGCCAGCCAGCAAGGUUAAAAAAACAAAAAUUACGCAAUCCCAGCCAGAGUGAAACGGAAUUCGGUGUUUGCCAGCCAGCGGUAGCAGAAGCAAGUUAUGAGCCAGCCAGCGAAAAUUCAUUUAACACAUUGCCAAGAAAAACAUGUAACAACUAAAGACAUUCAGCGGUACUUACAGUUUUGGAAUGUGGACUUGAGGAGUAGUCUUGAGUUUUUGCCAGGUAAACGAUAAAAAGGAAGAUCCCGAACUUUGUCCAUAACACAAUAACACGUAAAAAAGUGAUCACCGCAAAGCCUUAAGACCAAUGCAUAUUUUCCAACGAUAAUCGACUGAGGCGAAAUAAAGUUUAAGAAUAAACAACAUAACAAGUAAGCUUGAUCUACGUGUGGUCUCCUCUGCAAAAUCACCCCAAAUUCACUGUAGACACAUGCUCAUCGCCAGCAUUGUAUGCCGUGCUACUGUUACUCCGCGAAAAGUUUACACCAGAACUGAUAGACAGUUUCGAGUAAACAGGCUUUCCGUCGGAAACUUCUAACCGCUACGGCUGAAAACCACGAACCCACAAAAUGAGGUAACGUUUGCGGUCUUUAACUCGAGUUUCAACGUGGGGAGGAUGGUUUCCUCCUUCGUCAUUUACGUAAACGCCCGACAGCAAACAAGGACCUUUCUGUUGCGGUAUAAAAAAACAACACUGUCUAUGUUUUCAAAUAUGCUAUGGCAACAGUUUACUUUUUAAAGCCAGACUGAUAACGUGUUCUUGUAGUAACUUUCUCCGCACAAGUAAGAGCUUGUCAUCCUGGGUUUGAUCUUACUCACAUCAUUUUUUCUGUAGCCGAGAAGCCAUAAUGGAUACAGCAGUCUGUUAGUGGUGUUUUCAAAGCGUCGUUUUCGGUCAUCAGCAUCCAUCAGUCAGUCCGUUAGUGGCAUUUUCAAAGUGUGGUCUUGACCACGUUUCAAAGCGUCGUUUUGCCAGUAGUCGUUGGUAGUCAGUCAGGCAAUCACCGUAAAAGUUUCACACCAGAACUGGUGCAAAGUUUCGCAGCAAAAGCCAGUAGUCGUACGUGGUUAGUCAGGCAAUCACCGUAAAAGUUUCACACCAGAACUGGUGCAAAGUUUCGCAGUAAAAGCCAGUAGUCGUACGUGGUUCGUCGGGCAAUCACCAUAAAAGUUUCACACCAGAACUGGUGCAAAUUUUCGCGGCAAAAGCCACUAGUCGUAUGUAAGUCAGGAAUGUUUUGUUUUGCAGUCAGACAAUCACCUAUAAAGGCAUGUAACCUUAUGUCGUGCAUGCGAUGGUCGUGUGAUGUCUAUAAGUUAUAGAAUCGAAGCGCAGUUGGAAAAAAUGUAAGUAAGAUCACACCAAGGAAGGCAAGCGUUUUUUGCUUUGGGUACAGAGAGACCCACCAAAGUAAAAUACACGCAACAAUACCUUUAUCAGUUUGCUUGAAGCGACCGUCAUAGUAAAUUUGCGAACAGCAACAGUACUUCAGUUUUUAAUAUAGCUACAGAAAGAUUCUUCUAGUUUUUGGCAAUAAUAUAAGCUUAGGUGAAACCUUCUUCUGUAGGUUUAAAAAUCGAGUUGAAGACGGCAAACGUGACGUAACUGCGUCCUACUGCGUAUCUCGCGCUUCGCGCUUGCGCCUCUAAACAACCCUAAGCCAAUAACUUCAUGAUAACCAGAAGAAAAUAAAAAUUCCAAAGAAAAAUAUCCUCUUCUUCACGACAAAUGGUUACAAAAAGAACAACAGUUGUCUAUUAAUUUGUUUAUUCAAUAGUCCAGUUUAAACCCUGCUUGCGGCAAUUUUAGGAAAAUGUGUAAAUACUGUUUACAUUUUUAAUUUUCUUUCAUUUUUUGGCAAUAAAAUUGUUAACUGUUUUUUAUUCUUUUUUUCUACAUUGGCCAAAGAGCCUCAUGGCCGGUAACGCCCGCUGUCAAAUUUGAGGUCCUACAGCCGGGAAACAUCACCAAAAAAGUGUAAUCUGAGUCACUGUGUUCGAACAUAUGAAUAAAUUUGCUAACAGAGCUCUUACAAUUUAUACGAUAAAAAGCUUUAAGAGCAAGAAAUGCCUCAGCGUCAAAACAUAUACUGGUAUGAAAGUCAAGGGAUGAUAGCCCUUCGGGAUUUACCCCGCUAUACUACAAUUUACGACACAGACGUUAGCAUUGAAAUGCAACGGCACACUUGGAUGUUGCCUUUUUUAAAAACAACGGUUACUAUAACCCCGGGGGGGGUACUGCCAUAUAUGGGCUAUAUGGGUAUGUGCCGCUGUGAAGGGUAUGGUUUUCAAGCAGUUUACUCUAGGAUAGGGUAUAUAAAUCAGAGCGUUUGGGUCUAGAAUAGGGUAUCAUUUUUCAGGAAACUGAUCAGUUGGUUGAAGAUUUUACCUAGACUGGGGAAACAGCCUUUCUAGGAUAGGGGGAUUUUGGGAGUUUACUCUAGUAUAGGGUAGCAAAAUUCAGCUGAACUAGCUCUGGUAUAGGUCAAGGGUUCCAGGGUCCCAGCGGCACAUCCCCACCCAGAAAUUUCUAAAGUGCCCCCCCCAGGCCGAAGAGUCACCAGGACUUUCAAGAAACUGGCUCCAGGAUAACUUUUUGCGGAGCUGUCAACUCUCCCAGAUAAUCCAGGGACUCCAGAUUUUGAACUUUUUCUCCCAGUCACCAGAUUAGAGUCUGAAAUCUCCCAGGUAAUCACUGAAGUUUGCCAUUUCUUGUAGAUUCGANCAUACCGAAUGAAAUCAGUUCUGAGUUCACUCCGCUAAGAGACCAGAGUGUAUUAUUUAUUGGAGAGAGUUUUUGCAUUCAAUCGUCUCAAUAUUUGAUGGCAUUUAUGUGCAUUAGCGAAUGUUCUCAAUUCGAUACACAUACACGGCAACCUGACAAAGAAACACAACCAUUUUGCUUACCUUUUGGCCGCCUUAACAUCAGGUUUAAAGUAGAACGUAGGCUAGUAGCUGAUAUGUAGACAGGCAUAUUAAAACACGAACACACAAAACUGUUUUCUAUAAAGGAUCGGCAGCGAAACGACUAAAAACAAAGCGGUGAGCGGUGCUUGACUCAACUGUGUCAUUUUCUCACUACGUGUAUCUUUUACAAUAGUAAGGUAUUCAAAGCAGGACGUUUUGCUUACACACCCAAACAAAUUUCCGUUUUCACAGGCAAAAGGUGUCAUUUCCACAGCUCGCGUGGGGGUGAUUUUCACGCGGACUUACUUGCUUCGCCCGCUCUAAUAUCCAUAUAAAAAAUUACAGUGCGAUUGCCAGGAGAAAAAAUGUACCUUUUUAUCCAGCCAGAACCGGCAUAAAUUUUUCAUAUUUUCAGCUAGCGAGGCGCUCAUUCAGAUUUCCCAGCUAGCUAAUUAGCCAAUGUUUUUUUUUUCAGCUAGCUCAAAUUCUGCCUGAAGAGCGGGUAUUUUGUCGAGCGGCUCCGUUGGGUACUCCCUGCCUGAAAGUAUCUUCUAGUCAAAGAAAAAUAUUUUUUUCUGUUCAUGGUAUGUGUCCAAAUUUCUCCAUGCGGCUUUGUUUGCGAACCCGAGGAAAGUUGAGGUUAGCGAAUUUCAGGUUGAAAAUAAGGGAAGUAAGAGACAAGAUUCCUCCAGAAUCUCUAAGCAGCGCAAGAACUUUUACCGUGAUUGCUACAGGAUAUGAAACCUCUCUAUAGACCCGGCUAUCACAGAUGUAUGACCUUCUCGAAAUUCGUCAUUCCUUCCAUGAGAAACUAAAAAUUGUCACGCAGCACUACCAAUCGAUAUGUCCUUGACCUUUACAUUAAAUAACUCGGAAAUACGGAGUCCAGCAUACCCGACUAAUAAUACACAAACAAAAAUCAAAUGUCCGCAAGAGAAGCGGAAGCUGUGUUAUAAAAAUGAGCGAUCUUUACGACAGUCUCCUGCGUGAAAGGCUUUUUUUGGCUGAACUGGCCUGGAUAACAUCUUCUUAGCUCCUUCGGCAGCUGCAAGAACCGUGGGAUGCUGUGUGGGAGACUCCAACCCUGCUACCUUGUAAGCGAAUUCCAUAAAGCGCCGGAUCUAUGACAUAACAACCGAUUUUCUUCUGCAAAGUAUCUUCAAUUAACUCGAACAGGUGCAAUGCAACGUGGAAGGGACAUGCGGGCAUAAUAGGUACUCCUUGCUUCGACUGAGCCCAACGACUCCACCUGCAUUUGAAGCUACAAUCAUGGACAAAAGUCUUGAGACACUUUUGCGUUUCUGGGGCGUUUUGUAAUUCACACAGGUCCAACCCCUCCCGUCACCCCACAAACAAUGUUGGACGCCUGUAUCCUGAAUUUUUUCCGAGUUUCAACUUUGUAUAGGGUGGGGGAGAGAGAACUGCAAGAAAAUUUCGAAAAGGAUGCACUGUUUUAAGAGGGAACAGAGAAAUGACAGAAAAAUCUGAAUAUUGCAGUACUGUGCCAAGGACUUUUGUCCAGGAUUGUAGGACUAAAUCCAACAGCUGAGGAACUCGUGCAGAAAACUUAGGAUCGUACAGCUUAUUCGCCCCCUUCGAAACGCCAACCUGGAUUACGUUACAAUACAAAAAGAAGUCAGCAAACAACGCAUCAGUCGUAGCCUGACCAACCACCCAUGUGUAUCAAUAAACACUGAUAACAUUAUCAUAUUAUUAUCGUCAUUGUUAUCAUUGAACACAGUACGAACAAAUGAAGAGCGGUUGCCUGCAAUUAUAACGACUUACUAAAACCCGAUUACAUAACCGUGGAACAAGAAAAAAGCUUCGAAGCACGAAGCACAACACCUCAAUCUAAUUGAAGGGUAUACAAAACUACUAAACUUGCACCUCAACCUAAUUGGGAGGUCAGAAACAAAACUGAUCCUUAAGUGUCGAUGCCAACUAAAAGCAAACUGCGAGUAAGGCAGAUUGAUAACUCAACCAAAACGUGAGGAAUAUGACAGCUAAAUCGGAGAGCCUACACUGAAACUGUGAAACCUCAACCUAAAUGGGAGGUUGCUAACAACCUUGGGAAGUGCUAGGAUCUCUUGGACAAAAGACGCAAACUGAAAUAAGAUUUUAUGGGGCCCCCAUCUCGCAUUAAGUGACUUAAACACCUGAGGAUUCAAACUGCUUCGGUAAACGAGACAUCCCAAGCUGGCCUAGACUUGAUAAAAAAGUACAUCUGGCACGCGAAAAGACGACCAGUAGGACCAUCUGUUAGGGAUAGCGAAAUAAUGAAACCAGCGAGGCGAACUAACUCCUUGUAGUGUUAAUUUGAAUUGUAAAAUCGACGCUGUUAUUUUAAGAGUCUUAACCGACGUUUCGCCGAUGCUGCCUUCUUCAGGGUACAAGAAUAAGUACCGUUGAAAAGAUCGUUAAAUUAACUCACGUGCCUGAUUGCAUUCUCGCGCGCGUGUCAUAAUAAAUAGCGCGAGCCGGCGGGCGGGUAAGCAAAAAAAUGUGAUUCACGUGAAACUUGAGUCUUGAUUUAGGCCACUAGGACACACAGUCCCAUAUUUGAAAAUCAACCACAGCUCCUGCUUCUUACGGUUUUCGACUGUAGGGAACUCUUCAGCUUCGCAAGCUUGAAUUCCGGAAUCUGAAGCGUGAAUAGAACAGUGUUGAUCAAAAACCCCACCCAUUCCCCAAACUGAACAGGCUCCCCCGUUUAUUUACUUUCGUUGGCGACGAAACCAGACGAGGUUAAAUCCAAGCGAUGAGCAAGACUAGCAACUAGUGCGGAGGCGUAGUCGUGAUGACCCGAAAUAACGUCGUCCAAAUGCACAAAAAAAUUGUGGGAAAUCAGCCGCCACCUCUUAACUAAAGGGCGCAGUAACUUAGUGAAGCAAAAGCAUGCGGUACUUAAACCAAAUGGGAGAACAGUGAAAGUGAAAUAUCUCGUUACCCGUCAAAAUCCCACGCAAAACCUAAGUACUGCUAAUGAGGCUGGAAAAUGGCUAUAUGAUGAUAACCCGACUUAAGGUCCAACGUGAAGAACCAAAACCCCUAAGAUCACAAGUCCUCGUAAUGAAAUUUGGGUUUCAUCAAAUACUGGUUAACCUCACGCAAGUCUAUGACAAGGCAAAGAUUUUUGCCUUCUGCAAUUUUCUGUUAUUGGAUUGGCAGGCAAUGAGGUGGCGAGCUUUGCUCCUAAGUCAGUUUCCUCUCUACUAGUUCAGGAAUCGCGAACUGAACAAAUAGCGGGUUUCUCUGAACACAGAACGAUGAUUAGACAAAAAAAAACGAGGCGGAAGUACUUGAAAUGGUAAGGUAUAACCUUGCUUAAUGAUAUCAAGAACAAAAGGAGCAGCUUCCAAUUUCCCCUUUCAAAAACCAAAAGACUGCGCGGAGUGACUUUUAGCGCCCGGUUCAGACAAAGGAAACGCCGAUCCCAAACCGUGGCAGUUAAUCCAAGACUUAUAGACAUCGUCAUCGCGUCAAUCGAUAUCAUGCUCGUGGACCGAGUCUAGUCAUUUCCGGCGAUCGUCGCUUUUGCUGUUGGUACAAUUGGUCGACAAGUGACUGUAUUCCCAUCGCUAAAAGCUAAAGGGAGGAGAGAAGGCAAUCAAAAGAUCCAAAAUAAAAGUAAACAAACGAAAAAUUGUCUGCCUGGUACACGUACUGGAGAGAGAGUGACUCAAAGAAUACAUUAACUACAAUAUAUACGCUACAUGAAACAACGCAUAAUUCGAUUCCUUAUCAGCAAAGGAGGUGUAUUAACACCAACGUGCCCAUGAAUUAACGCGUAGAAAGUCAUCUCCUAUACUUCGUACCGGAGAUAAUUUGCAUUCUACGCUAAAUGAAAUAACAAGGAAGCAAUAUUCAUCAUGGAGAAUGUGGCCUGCUCCAUGUACAAGGCAAAAGCCAGAGAGUAAACAAGGUUAGUUAAAAAAGGUGAAACAAUCAAUCAUAAAUUGAUACUUAACUUAAAGCACAUCUGUGCCACGCUUAAAGUGAUGCCUUAAAUCCGACUGCUCAUUAGGAAUACAGGUAGGCUAGGAAGUACGGCGAUCGGGAUAAGAAUACGGGUAAGGCUGAUAUUUCUGAUACGGCCUCUGCAAACGCUUCUUCUUCGCCUCUUUAAUUUUCCUCUUUGCUAUCUUCUCCGAGCGAAACAGCCUCUUCUCGUCAUCGAGUCAGAAGCCAACCCGUCCGAAAGAUACUCCUGCACAGUCGCCCAACUGUAUUGACUUUUAUCUGCGAUCUUUAUAGGUUUCAUUCUUUUAGAGACUAAUGCAAUACCUUCUUCGAUGGCUGUGAUCUUUGCCUUGGAAAUGGCGUUGACGCUUAGGGCAUCCUUCGCACCUUCGACCUUUUCCAAAACCGAUUCAGCGUGCUCGAACUGCUGCUCAUUGCCUUUACUUUUAAAAACGUAACGAUCGCGCCUAGCACGUUUAACUGCCGCCUCUACUGACGAAGAAUUCACUUCAGAAUACUGCUUUUUAAAGUUGUCGAAGCGAAUAUCAAUCAAAGGAUAUAUCUGACUCGAAACCGAAGCCAUGGAAUCUGCUACCUCCUUUUGAACCAGAGACUGAAAAUCAUCAGUAGAACUGCGUCUUGGAAAAUCAGGCAUCUUGUGCUAUUAAUCAAAAAUUGUCUGCCUGAUACACGUACUGGGGCAAAAGUGACUCACAGAAUACAUUAACUGCAAUAUAUACCCUCCAUGAAACAAAGCAUAAUUCCUCAUCACCAAAGUAGGUGUAAGUGCCCAUGAAUUAACGCGUAGAAAGUCAUUAUCUCCUUUACUUCGUACCGGAGAUAAUUUGCAUAUUUCAGUAAAUUUAGUUUUGUUCUUGUCUCGUCGCUAGGCCUCAUUAUUCCGCCCGGUCAAUGCGUUCGGGUGACGUGGUCCGAGCGAGGAAGUGAGGCCUAGUAGACAAAAAUCCUCAGAAGUGAGACAAAAGUGAGACAUUCUGUGCGGUGGUUUUCAAGACCAAAGCUUCGCAUUUCAAGGUUAAAAAGUCUAUCGUUAAAGGACAGAUUGGAAAGGAAAGUUCAAACGAAUGCUCAGUUUUCUUUUAGUUGGGAAAGGAAGGCUUUUCUUUACAAAAUUUUCCUUCGAGGAAUUCGAGGUUUUCUUCACGGCGGAGCGCUUGACCUAUUUUGAAAGGCAAUCAAGCAGAUACAUUUUUGAAGAAGUUUCAGGGACAUUUUGUACACUGUGCUCAAGAAAAUUACGUUUUUAAAAGGAAAUUUAUGUAUUUGUGAAUAUUUGAUAGACGUUUUUUAUACAUUUUGUGUUGAAUUUUGCCAUGUGCUCAACCUAUUUUUGUUUACGUGAACGGAUCUACGAGCCAGGUAGUGUUACGCGAAUUACUUUUAAGGAUUCAUUCACCUUCUUAGCGUCACAUUUCACGUGUAGUUUCACGUGACUUUUGAUUAACUUUGUCAUAAACAAACCCAAAAAAUUCGGACAUCCGGUCUCUGUCACAUACUGUACUUGUACGAACUACGAGUCGCUAUAGAGUACUAAAGUGUGACGUCAUGAUAAUGAAAUUUCUGAAAUUAUGGGAUUUGUCAGGAUAUUCUGAAAGAACAAUGUCCAAGAGGCCUACUUGCCAAAAAUGAGCAUUUGGGGGCAAAUUGUCUCUGAGAUCGUAGCCCAGUUAUGCUUACAAAUAUUUAGAAGGGUUUGUAUGGAGUUUUCUGAGUAUAACUGGGCUACGAUCUCAGAGACAAUUUGCCGCGAAAUGCUCAUUUUUGGCAAGUAGGCCUCUUGGACAUUGUUCUUUCAGAAUAUCCUGACAAAUCUCAUAAUUUCAGAAAUUUCAUUAUUAUGACGUCAUCACUUUAGUACUCUAUUUCAAGUUCGCGUUAAUUACCCGGCCUUCCUUUCAGGAAGAGACGGGUAUAGUUCUGGCCUGGGUUUUUUAUGCGUUGACGUUCCGCCGUUUGCACUUUGAAGCGAAUGCGUGAACUGGCGAAAUAUCACGUGGUCAAUUUUUGACAAAUUCAUUGGCUUAGAGCCAAAAUCCCCGUGACAUGUUGUCGAGAUAAAACAAGAAAAGGCAGUUUUUUGUCAGUCGGUAGGGUUAACGGUGUUGUUUUGUGGUCUCUAUGAGAGCUCAACAAUUAUUUUGGUCGAAAUAUUUAGUGAUAUGUGUUGUUUAGAGGAUAAUGCAUCCUGGAACUGUCAGACAAACAUAGUGGCUCGAUCCGUUUAAUGGAGACCGGCGUUGCGAUCGCUGGUCGCGAGAGGAAGACAUGCUAAAAAACAGUAAACAGGUGGGUAAUUUUCACUUUUUAUGUUUAGUGCAAGUCACGAGAAUUUAUAUAAUAUUUAUAUAUUGGGCUUUGUUUUGGUGAUUACGCGUGCACCGAGUUGCACGAAAGCAGCAGUUUUGUAAAACGUAUGGGCCCUUUUUGUCCUGAAUUUCGAUGAAUUGUACAACUUGACUGGUCGAUCUGAAUGAACACGUCCAUAUACGUGACGUCACUGUAAAUACCUUAGAAAUUUUAUGCUUUAUGGUUUUUAUCGCAAAACGGUAAGACAAUUGCUUUGAUUUAGCAAUAUAGGAAAGUUUGCACCUAGUUGCAGGAAUGUGGCAGUUAAUUACCGUUUCUGCGCCUUUUCAUUUAUUAAAACAAACAAAUCUGACUGGUCAACGCAGACGUUUGUGCUUGGUCCAAGUCUCGUGCUUCCUAGCUGUCUCGGUAUAAAAACAGAAACUUACUAUCGAAACUUGUAUCGAGCUUGCACAGAAGCGGCAGUUUGUUGUUAAAAUUCGACGAUUUUGAUCGAUCAAACAACAUUUCAUUGUUAAAUUAAAUCAAAGAUUACAUGUAAGCUUAUAGUUCUUAAAAAAAGGAACACUUGAUGGUUACUAUCGAAUUUCGAUCUUGCAAAACUCCGUUUUGAUCGAUCCAUCAUUAUUAGAAAUUUCAUAAUUAUCUAUGCUAGAAAUUUUUCUCUUUGCUGUGUUCAGCUACUGUUCACUUAUACUUGCAAUUAAAAGGAUCGACAAAUCGGAUAUAAUAUUCUGUAUUUAAAUUGGUUUCGGUACACAGAAUAGAUUUGUGUUUUCUAUGGUUACUUCUUUGCUUGUUGUUGAAUCAAUGACAAAAGCAAUGAAAUAUUGACAUAUACUUUAUCUAUUUACUCUUUUUUUUUUCAGAGAAGAUGAACUUGUAUCAGAGUGACAGUAAAAUCGAAACAAAGAUGAUCUUACCCAUGGGAAGAUCUGGGUUUUUUCGGGCCUGUUUACAUGGAGGUGGGGGACCCCAGGUGGGUUCGGUAACUUGUGGUGGGUCACCCCGCCUAACAUGUAAACGUGAUCACAUUAAAAUGAGAGAUUAUAUGGACAGGCGGGUUACCUCACCUACCUUGGGCCCCCCACCUCCAUGUAAACAGGCCCUUACUCGGUCCUUUAUAGAGAUCAUCAUGUACAAUGAUCACUUCAGGAACCAAAAUAUCCUGGUAUGAUAAUAUUAUUGUUCAACCAAAGUGUUCUCUUCCUCUUCAUAUAGGGUUUUAUUUCAUAGUUUUUGCCCUCAAAAUAUUAGUUUACUACGUAACCUUAGAUUGUGGCCGAAGCUCAUGCCUAAUAUAAAGGAAAAGAAAACUAGCUACAAAACUAUUUGACGCAUUACAUUGUUAUGCAGUCAUGGUCGGGUACACCCCUUUGGAACGUUCGAGUCUUUCCACUCUGAUUUGCCAGCCGGUAGUAUUUUUUUUCCAUUUAUUCAUCAUCAAACUUCAUACGGGCUGUAGUGCCAUUAAUACAUAAUGCACAUUUUUCCCCUGUAUCAUUGUAUGCCCUAAAAGAAGGCCGGGUUCACCACUCGUACGUCUUGUUUAUAAAUUUUAUUUUCCUUUAGCUGUUUGAAACUUGAAAAGUUUAAGAUUCAAAAAUGUCUAAGUAGAAGAAAAAGAGCGAUUUUAGGCGAAGAGCAUGACAGAACGGCAGGAACGAGGAUCGCUUGUAGUGGAAAUUACCGCCUCGACAGUUGAAAUGGUUUUAAAGUUGGAACUUCGAAAGAGAUAAAACCGGUGAUGUGGGCAAAUUUCAUAAUACACAUACAUAAUUCACAUUUCAAAAUUCAUGAUCACGCAUAUUAAUUUCCAGUUUUCUAAUUUUCUUUAUAAAGACCGCUAUUGGUUGUUUGACAUUAUAUUUUCAAUUGUACAUUGCGGCAAACAGGGACUGGACACUUUUGAUGACGGUUAUGUUGAAUAUUUACUAACUGCUAAGUUGAAUCAAGAGGCUGUUCACAUAUCUGUUGCAAAAAAGUGCAGGCUUCUGUGGACACGUGCUUAGUUUGUAUUUAAUCGCGUAGAGACAAACGGAGGCAGUCUACAGGGAAAAGCCACCCAGUGGAUCUGUUAAUAAAUCAUCAUCAUUAUUAUUAUUAUUAUUAUUAUUAUUAUUAUUAUUAUUAUUAUUAUUAUUAUUAUUGUUAUUAUUACUUCAGGCAAGAUAAACAUAAACUUACGUACAUUUAAGCGUAUAAAAGCCGGUCGGGACGAAAAUGGAAGCACACUGCAGUAUCAUGAAUUAUAAGUGUGUUUGGAUCCACCAGGCAAAACUAUUCUUUCAACUGCACAGGGGGUUUCCAUGCCACGCACUUAUUGAAACUCCAUGUUGCGGGGAAUAUUUUUUCUGUUUUACCUUACUCGAGGCGGUUAAAGUCACUCCUGGUCUUCUGCUGUGACAUUUUGAACCCUAACUAUUCGAUUUUCAAACCGCGAAACGAUGGAAAAUAAAUACGUUAACGGGAACUUGAAAUAGCGACUCGUAGUUCGUACCAGUACAGUAUAUGGGAGAGAACGAUGUCCGAACUUUCAGGGUUUGUUUACAACAAAGGUCAUGAAAAGUCACGUGAAACUACACGUGAAAUCUGACGCUCAGAAGGUGAAUUAAAAUAUUCAGAGAAAUAAUUUCUCUGUCUGUUGUUGAGUGUUCUUUCAUUGAUAACAUCAGCGCAAAACACGAUCCUGAGACUACAUCCCACGUUAUUUUUAAAUGCUUCUCACGUUACACGCAUCACUUCUGCGAAGAUAUCGGCGAUUUUUUUUAGGAUCAGUUUUUGGGCACUUUUCGAUACGCAGCUAAUAAAGAUUGUAGAAUUAUCCUCCUACAUUGAUUUUGAGAAGCUUACAACUGACUGUCCUUUAAACGCCAGUGGUGAUGGUUACAAUACAAAGACUUUUCUGCAGUUCGACAGACGUUUCAACUUCCUUUUUAUUUCUUGCAAUUUUUGGAUUUUUCUUGUUCUUAUCGACUUUCUCGAUUGUCAAAUAGAUGUGCAGCUCUUAGUUUGAAUAGGAUUAUCCCAUUGUAGCUUAUAUGUCUUGCGUCUCUUCGAAUGGCUUUGGCUCGUCAGUUAUCAUACCAAUUACGUCGCUUCCUGUAUUGUUACUUUCUCAGCAGGUGAUAUGCCAUCGCGCCCAGCAGACAAUACUACAAAAAUUUUAAUUUCUGUCCUUGGUAGUUUUUUUGGCGUUGUUAUUUGUACUCUUCUGGUGGUUUACAGAAUAUUUUUCCAGCAAGGUAAGAAGGUUUUGCUAUUUUGUGCUUUAUGUGUGUUGUAAAUUUUAACAACCCGGAGAAUGCUCCCUCAUAAAAUUCGAGUUGUGUACACCCAGGAGCGUCUUAGGAAUAGGGAGAAGAGAGACAUGCAAAUAUGGCAGACCUCUGGGCCGGCCCGGGUCUAGUUGUGAGAAAGCGAGGAUAGUGAGGCCUCAAGAGUUUUGUUUUGACUUCGCGUCUUAGCGAUUGAGUCGAUCGAUAUGGUUUACUUCGAGUUGUUGCGUGCCUGAGUGCCACCAAAAAGGAGAUUUUACCUUAGCUGGAACUACCUUUACUUUCCCGAGCUCUUUUCAUAAAGAACGUUGAGGAUUGGUGCGUUUCGGCGCGGAGAUGGAAAGCACUUAACGGUGAAAACGCAAGUGUCCUUUCUUCAAUUGCUUUUGAAAAGAGGACUCACGGACGUAUGUGAAUGAAAUAAUUUUCGUAAGAGAUGGUACUGUUCCAUAAUGUUUGCAUGGUCUGUUAUUUAUCCAACAAAAGGUUAACAUUCUCGUAAACAGGGUCAUCCGUUGUCGACUUUAAGAUCUUUUAGAUUUCACGCUGGAAACAGCUGCAUUAAAAUAUAACAAUAGUGACGAGUGUGAAUAAAACACAACAUAACAAUCGCCUGUUAAUCCUACAAGCGUAGCCUGUGAGACCAUGUAAAAGCCAGAAGAAAGCGACAUGUUUGAAGAACAGUCCUUUGAUCGAAGUGCACUGAAAAAACUAACAGAAAAACUUCCGCAAACCAAGAAAGUACGAGGAGGGAGAAAGGUUCUGGCGGGCAAAGAGCGUGCCAGUAUUGGAGCAUUGUAAUUGCCCUUGCGCGUGAUCUAUUUGUCCAAGGGGUUCGAUAUAAACUAACAACGGUUUUCCAAAAUUGCUACUUUUAUGGCACUGCUCAAAUUUUUUUACACAGGAUCGUGAAGACUGGAAAAAUAUUCGGUCUAUACGUUUCGUUGUAAAUAUUUCAUGCAUAGAAGUGUCCCUGAGAGCUCCUAAGAAUUGUUAAGUCACUACGGCGGAUUCACUCGUUCUUGAGAAUGUUUACCUUUCCUUGGUAUGGGAGCGGACAAAGCGAACUUGAAACAGAACCAUCUUGCAGGUAUUAUCCCAUUCAAAUGGUUUCGUUAGUCUUCUAAAGUGAAGCGACCACACUUUCGUUCUUUAGACGCCUUGAUAGUAUUAAAAGUGCUUCCAUUCGCCGCGCCGAAUCGCUUGAAUCCAUUUCUUUCUUCGUAAAGAACCUUUGCAAAGGGAAGAUAAUCAACUUUCGUUUCUGUGGUAGUUAGGUCUCCUCUUUGAUGACUCUUAAGCACGUAACAACUCGAAGCAAACCAUAUCGAUUGACUCAAUCGCUAAGACACGCAGUCAAAAGCCUCACUAGCCUCGCUUUCGCGCAACUAGACCCGGGCCGGCCGAGCAGUCCGCCAUAUUUGCAUUCGGUGUAUCAGAGGAUGUCAGCACAUAACAGCCAUAACAGCACAUGACACAACUGUAAUUUAGGCAUAGGGGAAUGGCAUGGCUACCAUAUUACAGGUUUCUCGAGAGACACAGAAUCACUUAACUUGAAAAGGAAUAUACCCUUUUAGCUGGGCAAUUACUAUGACAAUGUGGUUAUAAUUGCUAGUGUAGCAAUUGUUAUUGUUUUUUUCUUUAUUAUUAGUGUUUUGAAUAAUUAGACCACCCAUACGCCAUGGCCUACACCACGUCCUUUGCCAUGUUCUACCCCAUGUUCACCCCAGAAGUUUGAUUCUUUCCCACGUUCCUUUAAACAAAGCACCAAGUCGAGGCUUGAGGUGAUUAAAUACAGUGGUUUGUAUGAAAUUGUCCCUUAUAGCAUUGGCCUCAUUUCACUGUGUUUGCUGACUAGAGUGGAUGCGGGAAAGGUGUAUACAUAAUGAUUUCAUCUUUCAAAGAAUUGUAGAGUAAAGAAAAAUGGUUGGCCUCAAGUUAAACCAUAUUUGGUUUUUAUGCACCGUGCUACGCAUACAAAUUCUCCGUCACUUCUCCCUAGAGAGAAGAUAUUCCUCUCGUCUGUGUGUUUCACUAGCUUCACUUUCUCUGACAAUUAUAACAGACUACUCGGGACUACUCGUAGUGUACGUUUUUAGACUUUCUUUUGUUGUCAAUCCCGCUCUGCUGAAGGUCAGAAAUCACGUGAAUUUAGGUUAAUUAACUGAGUUGAUAAUUAAUGGUCAAUUUGCUCAGUAAACAGAUUCCGUAUUUGAAUCUAUUCGCUGUGGCACACUCCUGACUUUAUCAAUUCAGUGGGUAAAAUCAAAUUCUUCUUUUACACCUCCACCUGACACAGCACUACGGUUUCUUUUGAAACCAACCUUUUAGUCAGGAAUCAUUUGUUUGUUUUACUUUGGUUCUAUUGUAGUGCGUAUAACACUGCCAUAUCCUCCAAAACCGUCAACAUCAAGACCCAGUUCUGAUCAACCUUUACUUGGUAAUGAUUCCGGUAGGCAACUUUAUGCUUUGCUAAAGCUGUAAUAGUGCUUUUGUUCAUUAUACACAGUAUUAUGCACUCGUGCCUCCUUCAAUGUUCUUAUUUUACUUGUAAAAGGUUGUCUGUCUCCACACAGCCUUCUGAAAUAAUCAAGAUGAUUAAACAUUUUGUAGUAAGUGUGGCGUAACUUCUUUUUAAUCUUGUAUGUUGCAGGUAAGAAGCGUGUCUUAAUUUUACACACCAGAUGUUGUGAGAAGUGUAACCAUGUAUUACAUUGCUUAGGCACCGUUCUAAGUUCGACAGAGUUAAUUGAGCCAAGUAUCGACAUGUGGAACACGCUAGAUAUCUCACCUAACGUACCUCGUUGGUACGAAGAGCAGGUCAAGACAUCUGAUUGUGUUAUAGUCCUUGGAUCACGCAAAAUGUCUCUCAGAUGUCAGAACUUGCUGGAGGAAGGGGAUGACCGUAAGUAAACUAACAGAUAACCCAAGCUUAUCAGCCCCCUACUAUAAAUAUGUGUUUCAGAACAUAUCGCGUGAGAAUUAUUGGUGGUUAUAAAAAUUGUUGUGUCUAAUUAGGUCUCUGACCACACGCUCAGUUUAACAACUUACGCUGUUGUCCGAUUUGUUUCAUCACUGCUAUGGUUACACUCAAAGGAACACAGUACACGUAGUCUUCUGCUAAGUAAUAAUAACUAAAGUAAAAUCUGAGAUUAGAAAAAAAAUGAUAGCAUUAACGUAAGAAGUAGGGAACUAAAUGACCUUGCCUACUACAAGCUUAAGUGUCCAAUGACAGCGCGCAUCAUGACGUGCAUUGUCCAAUUACACAGUCCUAUUAAGGAUGAAAUUAAGGUUGCUAGCAGCCAAUCAGAUUGGAGAAUUUUGUUAAAGUUAUGGUCAGUCCCCUGUCCUUUGUAUCAUAUAGCAUCAUUUUACUUUGUGUCUAAAGUAAAUCGCUUACAAGUUGUUGUACGUUUUUGAAUUGUAUGCCCCGCAAGUAGCUAUUAUGCUAAUCUAGGCGGGACAAAACAUUAGACAAAGACGAUGUCAGACACAUAUUACAAGGAGAAAAGAAACACAAUAACAAGCAGAAAGAAACAGUUAAAUAUCAAGUACAGUGAUUUGUUAUUUGAACUAGACUAAAAUUGCAACCACAGGUAUAUACAACAAAUUAUCAGGUUUACUUCUGUUCGCUAUAGUUAAAUAUCAAGUACACUGAUUUGUUAUUUGAACUAGACUGGAAUUACAAGCAGAGGUAUAUACAACAAAUUAUCGGGUUUACUUCUGUCAUUAAAUAUCCUAAUAAAUAAGUAACAUUAGUGUAAAUACCUUCAUGAUCUAGAACGUUGAGGAGUACUGAUUUUAUUUUUUCACGAAAAUUAGAUUUUUUGAGAGUUUUAAAAGAAAGUGGACUAGAAUUGCAAAUAGACACACCAAUUCUAGUGAAGGCAUUUUUCAGUUUUUCACUUCAGAAUUUGGAGAAUUCUCAGUGGAGAAUUUGACAGAAAAACAGUUGUAGAAGGCACAAGUGUACUAACCAAUACUUUCAAAUUCCAAUCUGGAACGCACGGACACGUUUCAGCGAGUUCUUAUGAACUCCUUAGUAAUCCGUGGGUAAACAAAUUACAAUUUAAAAUCUUAACAACUGAACCCAAGUGUAAUAAAGGUCCCAUAUGUAACAACAUUUUGGCCCAAGCGUAAUAAAGAUCCCAUCCGCAAUAACAUUUUGAAUCCAAGCGUAAUAAGGGUCUUAUCUGUAAUAAGUGUAAGACCGUAUUGUUAUAAUUAUCAAUAUUGAAUUCGGCUUUCGUAUCAUCUGGAGAAUUAUGGAGAUCGAGGAGGGUGAUAACACCCACCGAGAUCUCCAUAAUUCUUCAGAUGAUACUUAAGCCGAAUUCAAUAACUGUUUUACUGUUCAUUCAAAAUAAUUCCUAUUUUAAAAACAAGCUAAAAAAUGCUCACCUCCAUCGAUGUUAAGUUCAUCUUCGAUGGUGCAUGUUAAUCGGCAAGUAGGAGAUAAAAGGUUGUUCAGCUCCGCAAAUAUUCUCCAAAUAGCAGAUGUACCGUCGUCCGUCGAUUUGUCUUCUUGCUGUUCUUGCUGUGUUUGUAGCAAUUAGUUCGCCUAUUUCUUCCCCAUAAAACGAGUGAAUUGUUCCGCCAUUUCUGUACUCGCGACCAAAACAACUCAACUUCUUCCCAGGUCUUCUCGGUUAACGGUUCAAUAACCUGGCAAUUUUGCUGCACCAUUGACGUCAUCAGUUCACAUAUCGCAAAAUUCUUCCAAAUUUGGUCGAAAAUAGCUAGUUACAUUGAACUAUGCGUGGGAUUUUAGCCAAUCAGAAACGGAGAAAUAUUUUGAAUGAAUAGUAAGUAAAUUUAUACUCAAACUGGUAAUUUGCCAACAACAAAUUAUGAUGAACAAAAGAUAAAUACUGGAAAGUCACGUGACUUUCGGGAAUCAUCACCUCCCAUUUAAUUUUAUUGUCAUGGGCUCUACGUCACUGUCAAGCUACACAUACACACAUAAUAGUGUGGCUAGAAAAGUAUUAGGUAAACGCCAAAGGCCAUUGACAAAUAAGGCCGUUGCUAAAAGGAAUAACACACAAACUGCGAUUACAAACGUCAGAAAUAACAAACGCAUUGUAUAACUGACUUUUAUAAUAUCCACUUUACGUUUCGUAUGCCUUAACAUACAGCUUCAGAAGUGACCGUUAACAUGAGUAGUAACUAAAUUUAAAUUUAAAAAACAAAGGUAAGAUAAGUAACUAAUUAACGUGAAGGAAGAAACAAAUAAAUGUGACAGAUGAGAAAAUUUGCAUGAAAUUAUGCAAACUAGUAUAAGUAAAGCUUUUCGCUGGUUUUAAAUCCCUAAUAAGGAGAGUCUCCUUGAUUUUACAAUGGGUAUCUAAUUUUCCUCUUGCUGAAAUGUAAAAAUGGUCCCAUUUCAAAUUGUGACCAGUUGAAGUGACGUGUUCUGCUAGAGCUGGUGAAUGACCGUUACAGGUGAUUGCCUUGAAGUUUUUAGUUUUUCGGUCAUGAAAUCUCCGUUUGGUUUUGCCAAAGUAGAUAUCCUGACAGUCCCAACAACUAGCUUUAUAUAGAACUUUAGACAUUGAGAACGAUUGAGCCUACAAAACGUCAAGUUCGAUAUUAUAAAAGUCAGUUAUACAAUGCGUUUCUUAUUUCUGAUGUUUGUAACCGCAUUUUGUGUGUUAUUCCUUUUUGUAAAACUGAGAUGGCCAAAAACCAAGAGCAUUUAAGGCCGUUGCUACUUAGAGAUUUAACCAAAGAAAAUUUGUGCUCAGCACUGCUUUACUGUUCUGUUACGGGAGUGAAUUGUGUUCUUACAACGUUGAAAUUCUCACGUUAUCUUCAAAAGUUCGAUUCCGAUUUAAGGAAAUUGUCAAUUGUUUUUUUUCUCUUUUCUUUGUAAGCCGUGUAGAGUUGAACCUGUAGUCGCCACCCUCUAUUAAGCUGCUAGUAUAUCAAGUCCCGAAAUAAUUAUAGAAAAGAAUGGGAACUAAAACCUCUAUAAGCGGCUACGGCCACCUUUUGGCCGUCCCAACGAGAGUUCUCCCAUUGUUAUUGCGGCCAUUAAGCGUCACUUCUACAGCCAAACUAAGUCUAUCAACUCUUAGUUUGGCUUUAUUUCAAGAAUAUGAUGAAGGAAAAUACAGUCCAGUAUAGAAGGUGACGACCAACUAUGGACCAGUAAUGCUGCUCCCGUCCAGUGUUUGUUUCAAAAUAAGGUGAUGUUUCCGCUAAAGAUUAUACUAAUUUAUGACGAAGCUAGAGAACCUCUAUUGAGCGGUCAACCUCCAUUUAGCGACCUCCUGCGGGUACCCCGAGGGUGACAAAUUAAUAGAGGUUCAACUGUAAUUUGUAUUUAACAACGGCAUAUGCUUCAUUAAAUUUCAGACACAAUUUUAAAGGUACUUCUUAUCUACAAAUACUGACGCUCAUGAAAUCCUACCAAUAAAUUCAGCCGUAAGUUAAGUACUGAAAAUGAGAGAAAUAAUAAAAAGAAAUUCCACUGGGUGAAAAACUGUUUAAUCCAGGGGGUGGGGGGGGGGGGGGGGGGGGUCGGGGGUUUCCCCGGGGAACGGGGAAAGUGGGAGGGGGGCGGGGGCGGAAGGGGGGCUGGGGCGCCAAGAAAAAAAAAAAAGGGGGCUGAAAAAAAGGACGGGAAGGCCGCCGGGAGGGGAAGGAGUUUUUUUUGUAUAAGAGAGGGAGGCGUGGUGUGUUGUGGUGUGGUGUGGCGGUGGUUUGUUUGUUCCUUUUAUAAUUUAAAAAACACACAUAAUUUAAUAAUUUUAAUAUAAAAAAACAAACCAUAAAAAAUAAAAAAACAAAAAAAAAACAAAAAAAAAAAAAAAAAAAAAAAAAAAAAAAAAAAAAAAAAAAAAAGGCGAAGGGUGAAAAAUGGUGGGGGGGGGGGGGGGGGGGGGGGGGGGGGCGGUGUCGCGGAGUUUCCGCAGAGAACUGGAAACUAGCUAGAGGGCCUGGCUUGAAAGGAGGCUUGGCUACUCAGUAAAAAAGAAACAGGGACUUGAAAAAAACGUGGUUGAAGCAAACAUUGACUUAGAUUCGUUUAAUUUCUUGUAGUGUUAACAAAAGUUUAUUUCAAAAGUUCAAGUAUUCGUAUCCUUGGCGACGUGCGGGGGUGGUGUCCCCAAGGAACAUCUGUGGUAUAGUCCGCCUACCAGUAUGACGUCACUUCUCACGCACGUAACUUUCAAAAUGGCGAGCAAAGUGUUCAUCGAAAAGAAGGCUAAAAACUUCGAUUCAAGAUUCCCUUCUAUUGUCGAGCACAUUUUACGGGUAAUCGUAGCGACCGGUCAUACUUUUGAGUACUAGUGCACAGCAAGAUUGAGGAGUUUAGACACAGCAAUAGGAGGUUCAUCAAAGGAUGUAUUAUACUUUACAUUGUGCGUAUUUUCAGCUCUUCAGGCCUAGUGGAACCCCAUAUCAUUCCCCUCAAAGUUCGCUUAGCUGUAGCAUUGAAAGAGGAAGCUAAAUGACAGGUAUUUGUGAGAGACCGUGAGCAUUGAAUCUAGUUGCUUUACCGCAUUUUAAUACUGUAUUGGGUACUGUAAUUCUGUAAUUAAAUCCGGAAAACCAAUAAAAGGUUUCGUGUAAUUAUUUUUUGGGGGCAAACCCAGUGGAGAUUUUAGGGUAAUAAUAUUGAUGAUUAAGAAGAUGUACAAAAGGCAAGUUUAACUUUCGCCAGUGGGUCACUGGUGGGUGUUGGGUGUAAAUUAGGACAGUUUGUGAUGCACUGUGUGUUGUUUGUCAUGAUGUCAACUAACACUGAAAAAAAUUCAGCCGUUACAGAGGAGGGACAUGUCUUUACAGCUUAUGGUUUUUUUUCUGGUGGUAAGCUUGGCCAGUAUGCAGAUCAAGAGCUUUUGAAAUCCCUUUUCCAAAAUAAAACUCCGGACUUCAGCUUAAAAUAUAAAUUGAUCCAAGUGCAUGACCAGCAGGGUCAACAGUAAGAAUAAAGAAAAAAAGGCCAAAAGGAAAAAUACUGUUAAAAAAAAGAGACCAAACAGAAAAAAAACGGUACAAAGAAACAGAAAACAGCGUCUCCUUGAGUCGAACCCGGUUUAUCUGCACGUUUAUGCAACUCCUUGACCACUGCACCACAGUGACACAUGAUUUGAAAACUUAAUUUUGUCAUAUCAAAACAAAACAAUUUUUCUCUACCAUAGACGCUGUUUGAAGCUGGUGGAGCUGUAUUUAUCAUAAAUUCAAAUAUACAUUUGAGGAAAAUUAGCUUAAUUGCUUAUUUCAAAGCUAUUUCGCAUUAUUUCAAGCUCAACGGGCCGACUCGAUGUAGAUAAUCGAUGGAACUACUGUACUGUAGCUUUACUGAAUUUGGUGGAGAAUUAGAUUAUCAACAGAGGCACUCGAAAGGGAUGAUAUGAAGUUAGGCCCGUUUAAUUAGCAAAAGAAUAGAUGAAAUAUAAUUAUGUGUGAUCUGUGAAUGGAACCUCCUAUUCUGGAGACUAGACCUUGCCAAUUUUAGGGAAAAAAGAUUUAUAAGUUUUGAUGACCUUGCCAGUCCCGUGAAAUAGAUGGCGAUCCCGCAACACGGCCCGCAAAACAAAAUUAAUUAAACAAUCACGGACACAAAAUAUCAAAACGGUUUACACAAGCAGAUUAUAGCAACACCAAAGCUCACACACAUUCGGUGAAAUAAGCGAUAUAAAGCGAUAUUUGCUAGAUUCUUAGCUUUUGCUCGACCUCGCUCGUCCAAAUAUCUGUCGUAUCCGUUGCUAAUUUGCACAAGCGACCCAAGGGGUCUUGCCCUUUACUAUGUGACGUCAUACUGGCACGCGGAGUAGGUUAAGAAACCUAGGUGGAAAACAAUAGAGUUACCUCCCCCCUCCCCCGGUUUAAUCGAAACGAAAGCGAAUGCCAUUUAUUUGUCCUAGGGGUACGAUUUCUUCGAAAGCACGUAUCAUAGCCAGUAAUUACCAAAUCUAAAGCCGAGAGCCUUGACAAGAUUCGUUGGUACUUUUUUCCCGUUUCAAGUAGCCUGGUUACGUGAACCGUGACGUCAGCGUAAUAAGUUAAGGUUUCGAAAAAGACUUGGGGACAUGUCUCUUAUUAUCUCUGCUGGGACCAAAGGUCAUUACAGAUGAGACCUUUAUUACGCUUUGGUACAAAUGGUAUUAACAGAUGGGAGCUUACUUACACUUGGGUCCAGUUAUUACACUUGUGCCUUCUACAACAUUCCCUUGUAGAUUAUAGCGUAUUAUGAUAAUGUUUUGUACUGAUUUUAGCAAACUUAUCGACAAGUGUUUUAGGAGCUGACUUAGAUCGGAAAUCGAAUCUCCGACAUCUCUGACUUAUUCGGAGUUAUUCCGCGAGGAAAACCGACAUGACUGAUUCAGAUCGGGGGCUCUUGUAAAUAGCUGAAUCAAACCCGUCUGCGGUGAUUUUGCAGACCGGUUUUACUUCAAAGAAGCAAGAAUUAGUAUAGAAAGCUUUUGAGUGGUCCUGAAUCUUACCUGUUUCGUUUACAUACUCCUACCAGUCUGAGUCGUCUCUUUCGCGGCAGGUUCAGCUCAGUCGGUAGAGCGCUUGAUUGCAGAGAGGAAGGUCGCAGGUUCGAUUGCCCGGACCAAAUCACAUCAAUCUCACGCAACCAGGCCCUAAGUUAAUCUGUUGGAUUUUACGCGUUGCACUGUUUCUAAUUCUUUGUACAGUUAGGACAAAUUGCUUGGCGCACGAUGAUCACAAAUUCUACCCUCCUUUCUGUACAGUUAUGUUGUUAUGCGUGUUUCUGCAGUACAACAGUACAGCGGCAAGUGUCCUUUACUUUAGGGCAACGCGUUUCUGGCAACAUAAUCGAUUUUGCUUAGUUUUGCCAAUCGCCUGACGCAAACGUUAGCGUUAGAUAUCACAUGUAUGUGAGAAAAUGACAGCUGGAUAACAACCAAAUACUCCCGAGUAUUUUAACUCAAAGCAGUUUUUUUAACAGUUUUCCGAAAAGAAAAAAACAUUAGCAAUUCAUUUUAGUCCGCUCACUCCCACGCUAGCGCUCUCGUCCACUCAUGCCUUCUUUUCUGUCAGCUGCGUGUUUGAACAUUCUCUCGCUGUUUUCCGCUCAAAAUUGGUUAAUUUCAUAUUUCAAUCAAUUGGUCAGCCAGUUCAUACCUGAAUCCAUCUAAUAUGUGUGACAUGGCUCCUUAGUUCUUAGGUCCGUCCACUCUCAUUUUCCAGUAACAAUGCUUGAAAAAUACGAAAUUAAUUUACUCUUUCAACUUUCGUAUCUGUAGGACUAAACGUCACUAUCAAUUCUUAACAAUAAUUUUAUUUAAUAUAUUUAUAGCCUUGCAAAUCAAAUGCCAGUUGAAUUUUGUGCGAGGAAAUAUCGCCAAGAAUCCUGACACUCAGAAAUUCAUCCCAGCUUUCUUUACCUACAAUGGCAGCAAGAAAGACAUUCCUGAUUUCUUGUCAUACCGUUGGAGUCACAAGCUACCCAGGGAAGUGGAUCGUGUUAUCUUUCACGUGCUCAAUGUAGAAAAGAUUCAGCCGUACCGCACCCAGCCUAUUGUAGUGAUGGGAGGGAACGGACAUCCGUUUGACGAGAAGAAAAAGGAGUUAGAGAGGGCGGUACAGGAAGCAGACACGUAUCACAAGUGCAGUCCACAGGUGUAA